AUGAGAACAGGAAGAAGGGACCAGGAUAGUGAUGAAAGCGAGGAAAAGUAUCAAACCGCGAAGAUAAGAACAGGAAGAAGGGACCAGGAUAGCUGUGAUGAAGACGAGGAAAAGUAUCAAGCCACGAAGAUGAGAACAGGAAGAAGGGAUCAGGAUAGCUGUGAUGAAGACGAGGAAAAGUAUCAAGCCACGAAGAUGAGAACAGGAAGAAGGGACCAGGAUAGUUGUUAUGAAGACGAGGAAGUGAAUCCCACAGACAAAGAAAACGCAGAGGGCACGGCGUGGGACGACAAAGAAAAUGCUGAAUGCAAGAGAGGCGGGAAGGAGGCCUCUCACUCCCCAAUGGAAUGGGACAGCGACUUCCAAGAGGGUUUCGAGCAAGCUCUUCUCAAGUGCGACCAGACGAAAGAAGCAACAAGAUUGGAUAGCUUGGCUGACAGAAAAAAGAAACAGUAUGGCAAUGCAUCUCGACCAACUUCUCCACCAGUUCGCGAAGACAGUAGACGGCCGCCAGUGAGCCCGAAAUACCGAAAACCCAAGCAUCGGGAAAGCAAGGCCACAGACGAUCAUGUUUCGGCUGCCAGAUCGGUCUUCCUCUUUUUCUGUUUCCUUGUACUUCCAUUUCCAUGA